AACGCUGAGCUCAUGCUCCGAGUUGCAGAUUUUCGCCCGGCCGCCGCCACCAGCAGCUCGGCGCGACCCAGUCGAUGGCAAUUUUGAAUAAAUGCUGCUUCGUGUGCAAUGUGCGGGAUGGAGCGCUCCUCAUCGGAGUCACUUGCAUCAUUUGUCGCGUCGUAGCAUCGAUCGCGUGUGUCGUCAUCCUAGCUUCGUACGCUCACGAAAAUGGAUCAACGCCAGAGCUGCCCGGGACCGUGAGAUACAAGCUUACGUCGUUGAAGCUUCUCCUGCCCGAUAACAUCCUGGUUAUUGUGCUGAGCGGAUUUCUGGUUAUCGGAUUAUUAAAGAAAAGGCGCUAUUACCUGAUACCCUGGAUCGUGUGGCUCUCGGCAAGCUGCAUCAUUCUUAUAAUUCUCUGGAGCCUCCGCGCCAUCAUUGCCGUCAAGGAUCAAGUUAUCAGCGACAUUGCGCUGUUGGCAGCUGCAUUGGGAAUAUUUGGACUCCAGGUAUACUUCAUCCUGGUCGUCGUUUCUCAUUACCAGAACAUGAAGAAUUCCCCAAAUCAAAUUUCCGUUGUCGUCAAGUUAUGAGGCACGAGGUUUCGGCAGCAUCUGUCUCAACGGCGCGCAUGCACACAACGAAGGCACCCCGUUUGGCGCCGGAAGCAUCGCUUUCCCAUAUUUCCAUGCGCAGACCUAUUUAUUGUGUUCCCCAACGCUGUCCAUCUCCCGACAGACUGUUAUUGAAGUUAGAGCUGCUGCCACGACAUUGUCAAAAGAUGACUGCCCUCAUUUGCCGUUUCAAUGUCGCCUGGCACAUCUCAUAGAAAAUACAAAUAUUCAGGGACAUCAAUUUACACUUUAAAAAUUUAAUAACUACGUCCUAGGUAUCUUUCCUGGAACGAUCCGAAAUUCUAACGACCGUCCGCAGAAAGUUCUGUUGACCACCUGCCCAGAUGACCCUAAAAGUGCUAUAGACGCUUUACACACGCGCCAGAUUACAGCCGCCAUUGCUGACCUUCUCUUGUCUUACCGAGAUGCCGAGCAACUGAAACGGUAAUUGACGAACCUCUACAAAGGCUGAUGCUAUAGAAAAGGACACAGUUGAAUCUAAUAUAGCAAUAACUUGGACUGCUAUGGUAAUGAUAAAGUGAAACAAACAAAAUAAGAGGAAACAAAAACUGAAGGUCAGUUAUGGCGGCAUCCAUGCACAGCUGCUGCAAAGCGUCUAUUUUUAAUGUUUGGGUAGUAGAGACCUUAAAAUGUAUAGUUCGUUGUUAUUCGUUUCUUUCCAUUCCUAUUACCAUACGUGGAUCUGUAACUAGCAAUGAUUGUAUUACUUGUUUUCUCCCCUGGCCAACAGUCACUUCAUUUUUGUAUUUGCCUACUAAGUUGUAGUAUUUCAGGCUCUUUCUGUUUUUUUCUUCAUGAUGUUACGCCUCGCACUCGUUGAAUCCCCUCGUGGAAAUAAACAGUAUAUGUAAAUAAAUGAAUAAAUAAAACAUGUAAUAUAAAUG